ACACGUGUAAACUCUUGCUGUAGGGUGAUCUACGCUCACAGUGUUUUAGCACAUUUCAAAGCAAAUCACUUUUUAAUAAAAUCUCGAAAAGUUACUUUUCUAAAUAAUUAAGGACAAAAAGUUCAAUGGCUGCUCAAGUAUCUUUCGACCAACUUGACAAAGAUCAAAUAAAAUCGUUUCAAGAUUUUCUUCUAAGUUAUAACAAAUUAUCAGAAAUUUGUUUCACCGACUGUAUCUAUGACUUUACAUCUCGAUCUAUAAAAGACUCAGAAGACCGCUGUGCUCUUAAUUGUAUGGAGAAAUUCCUUAAAAUGAAUCAGAGAAUCAGCCAACGCUUCCAAGAAUUCCAAAUGAUCGCCAACGAGAAUCUCCUUGCAGCCAAUCAAAAAGCUCAAGGAAAGUAGGUUAAUUGAAGGUUUUUCGUUAGUCUUAAGAAUCUGUUCAAACAAUAAUUGACCAUUUUCGCCAGAAUAAAACUUAAUUUAAACAAAAAGA